GCAUUCACAAGCUUUGACUCGACCUCCGAAUCUAAUUGACCUCAACUCAAACCCAGACGAACUAUGGCUGCACCGUCAACGUAUACUCCCGAUAAGCUAGAGCGCUACCUGGAGCGCAUUGGGCUCCCUAAUGCCACUCCUGGUCGCAGUCGACUGGAACAUGUCCGCGACUCUAUCCAAGAAUGUCCUCUGGCCACUUUGACCGAGCUGCAGCGAGCCCACCUGACCUCGAUUCCAUGGGGUAAUUCGGGGCUUCACUACUCCGCGCACCACUCCAUCUCCAUCCGUCCGGCAUGCGUCUACGAGAAACUGGUGUCCCGUGGGCUCGACGGCUACUGCAUGGAGAACACCAUGCUGUUCUACCAUGUCCUCCGAUCGCUGGGGUACACGGUCUAUCCCACCGGAGGGCGAGUGAACACGGCAGCCUCCGAUGCGUCGACCGACAGCCGCAACUGGUUCUUUGUAGGCAUGGGACACAUGGUCUUGAUUGUGACCAUUGACAGCGAGAAAUACGCGGUGGACGUCGGGUUCGGCAACAACGGGCCUACCUGCCCCUUGCCGCUGCAGCAUGAAAGUGCACGGGUGAACGUGGCUCCCUCGGAAAUGCGGCUCAUCUACGAUACUUUGCCCGAGUUCGUGGACCAGACGCAGAAGGUCUGGAUCUACCAGGUCCGGUAUACGCGGGACAGCACCUGGAUGCCCAUGUACUCGUUCUCCGAGGUGGAGUUCUUCCCGCAGGAUUUCGAGGUCAUGAACUUUGCCACCAGUCAGCGGCGAACGAGCUGGUUCACCCAGACGCUGGUUUGCACGCGGAUGCUGCGUGAUGACAGCGGACAAGGAAUUAAAGGGCUCUGUGUCCUGGCCGGAAACACAGUGAAGGUAAGGGUCGCCGGGCAUUCGGAGGUGGUCGAAACCUUGGAAAGCGAGGACGACCGCGUCAAGGCUUUGGCCAAAUGGUUCGACAUGCACCUCCAAGAGCAUGAAAUCGAAGGCAUUCGCGGCUUGGUUUCUCAGAUCAAAUAGAAUGUUUAGACAUUUUUGGGAACUCUACCGUGGCAGCGAGGAAGUCGCUGGCUCG